UACCAUGUGUCAAAUAAUUCAUAAAGAUAACAUAUAAAUAACAACUGAGUACGUAACACCAAGCAAAGUCAUAUACAUUCUCUACACCUUCAAAUUCUUCAUAAUUUCUUGUUCCAAUUAAUAAUCACUAUGUUUUUAUUCUCUAGUAACUUUGUUGCUGAAAAAUGGCUAGGAUUUGUGACAGCCAUAUGGGUACAAACAAUAUGUGGAAACAAUUAUACAUUUGCAAACUAUUCUGAUGUGUUGAAGUCUCUAAUGUUUCUGACUCAGAUGCAGCUUAACAAUCUCUCUGUUGCUAAAGACGUUGGCAAAGCUUUUGGUAUUUUCUCUGGUCUUGUUUCGGAUCGUUGGCCAACUUCUGUUAUUCUCAUGAUUGGUGCUAUCAUGGGGUUCAUUGGCUACGGUGUUCAAUGGCUUGUUGUAAGCCAAAGAAUCACCCCUCUCCCUUAUUGGCUGAUGUGUGUAUUCUUAUGUUUGGGAGGAAACAGCUCAACAUGGAUGAACACAGCAGUGCUUGUAACUUGCAUGAGAAGCUUCUCGAAAAACCGCGGUCCAGUUUCUGGUAUUCUUAAAGGGUAUUUAGGACUCAGCACAGCAAUCUUCACUGACGUCUGCACAGCUUUGUUUUCCUCGGAUCCAUCGAAGUUUCUAUUAAUGCUCACAAUUGUUCCUGCUGUUAUUUGUCUCAUUGCUGCUAUUUUUCUUCGUGAAACUCCAUCAGCUUCUACUUCUACAGAAGAAAACCAAGAGACAAGGUUCUUCAAUGUGUUUAACUUGAUUGCAGUUACAGUAGCAGUUUAUCUCUUGGUUUUUGAUAUCUCUGGACCUCAUAAACAUCUUGUUUCAUUGGUUUUCACAAUAGGACUUUUGAUCCUAUUAGCCAUGCCACUUCUUGUUCCUUUAUAUUUACUUUUCUUCAAAAUUAGUCCUAGUCUUGACAAAGAAAAACAGAUUCAUGAGCCAUUGUUGACUCAAAAGAUUGAAAAGGAAGAGCCAUGUCCCAAGGUGGAGGAAGUUGAGAUUAAACGAAAACCGGUGUUAGGGGAAGAUCAUACUAUCAUUGAAAUGGCGAAAACCGUUGAUUUUUGGGUUUUGUUUUUGUCAUUUCUAUGCGGUGUGGGAACAGGACUUUGUGUUAUGAAUAACAUGGGACAAAUGGGAUUAGCACUUGGAUACCAUGAUGUUUCUUUGUUCAUUUCUUUCAUUAGCAUUUGGGGUUUCUUUGGACGCAUUCUUUCUGGUUCACUCUCUGAAUACUACAUCAGAAAAUCGGGCAUGCCGAGGCUAGUUUGGAAUGCAGCAGCACAAAUUCUGAUGGCUGUUGGUUACAUUACAUUGGCUAUGGCCUUACCGGGAUCAUUAUACAUUGGCUCGAUGCUAGUUGGAAUAUGCUAUGGAGUUCGUCUUACAAUAACACCAGCAGCAGCUUCAGAACUAUUUGGUCUGAAAUACUAUGGUUUAUUAUACAACAUUCUGAUUCUCAACCUUCCUAUUGGUUCAUUCAUCUUUUCUGGUCUCAUUGCUGGUUAUCUAUAUGAUCUUGAAGCCACUAGUGUGCCGGGAGGUGGAAACACUUGCAUUGGAGCACAUUGUUUCAGGCUUGUGUAUUUGAUUAUGGCUUUUGCUUGUGUCUUGGGGUGUGGAUUGGAUCUUUUGCUUUCUGUUAGAACAAAGAAGAUAUAUUCCAAGAUACAUAUAGAGAGAAAUCUUGUCAACCCAAUACUAAGAUGAUGAUGAUGUUAUUUUGACUUUUUUUGUGUAGGCUUAGGAAAUUUUUGAGAUUUUUAGACUUUCAAGUUAGAAGAUGAUUGUUCAAGUGUGUUAAUCAAGGGUCACUUAAACUUGAAAUAAAUUGUGUAUGUAUUGUUUAAUGUGUAUGUGUUAAGUCACAUAUUAGUGUGCAUUAAUAUAUUACUAGUUGUUUUAGUGCUUGUAUGGUUCAAACAAAAAUUUGUUGUUGGCUUUUUUCUGGCAACUUGUUGUAUGAUAUUUUGCAAGUUGCAAUGUAUUGCCACAUCAAAUUUGGUUCUGGGUUGGAUAAAGAUGUGGUGGACACUUUUUGCUAACAAAGAUUGUUUGUUGGUAGGUAAAUUUAGUGGAUAAUAAUCAUAAUCAUUAUAGGAUUUUAGCAUGUUGUACAAACUGAGUUAUAAUAAGUGGUAUGUAUAAUACCAAUAAACAGGGUGAACUCCUGAAUGAAGGAAGGAUAUUGAUCCAAAUGGAUUAACAU